GAUUAGAAUUACAUAAUGUACUUUUUUUUUUAUCCCAAAGUCGUCAAUUUCAAACACAAGAACGCUCGGCGAUCGAUUGCUACGGUCUGCUCAACACUUUACUCGCCCGCAGCCUUAUCGAUUAAUCACUCUCCAGUUUAUCACCAAACAGCUGUCAACUAACUGCCGACUUUUAUUUAUUUGCACGCUUUGGGGUAAAUUCUUCUCGUUUUUUGCCAUGACAGCAUACGGAACGUGAGCUCCACUUUUUCCUCCAUGGACUCGCUAUUUGAACACUCCGUGCGUUUUCCCGCUGAGGGAGAGUGCGAAUGCGCGGACCCGGCGGAGCACGACGCUCUUCCGCAGAGGACGCACUUCUACCUCGGGGAGACAGUCCCUUUCCUUCUGCUACUGCGAAUGGGGACUUUAUUAAGGGAGAAGAGAAUGGACGACUUGUACGCUGUGGCGAGCGUAGGCGCGCAGCUCCGAAACAACCCGCUCGACUCGGAUAACAGCGUAGAAGAAGAAGAAGAAGAAGAAGAAGCGGAGGAGGACCAGAGAAGAAGUAGCGGUCGCCCAAACCGGAAGUUCGUCGACUGUAGUCCGCUUCUUCACCACAACAAUGCACGGAGAGUCACGGAACCAGUUAAGUCGACUCAGCUGUCAGAAGAACACUUCUCCUUCCGUCUUGAGGUCUCUUUGGACAAGCUUCCAACCGACACACUCCGAGCCAAGAUUGUCGUGAGCGUUUGGGAGCCAGAUGAAGAACUUUCGCAAGAAAGCUACCUCAGAGAAGACCUUGACAAAUUCCAAGUGGAAGUCAGCGCUAUGUUGAACAUCGUACCGCCCCCUAGUGUCGGGUGUCGACAGUUGAGCGUCGCGGGACAACAAUUGACUUUCCUCAAAGUGUUGAACGACAGCUCCAUAGAGGAUCUUUGCAUCACCAACGUGAGGAUCCUUCCCAACUACAACACGUCCUACCUUCCCAUGAUGCCCGACGGUUCGGUUCUUGUGGUAGACAACGUAUGCCACCGGUCGGCCGAGGUGACCAUGGCGUCAUUCUGCCGCGUGGACGGAGCGCGCUCGCGCUUACCUAGCACGCUCGCCGCCCUGGAGGAGCACAACUUCCUGUUCCGGAUGCAUCUCCAGGAUAAAACCGACGACGAAUCCAGCGAGGGUUUGGAAGUGCCAUUGGUCGCCAUGUUACAAUGGCGCACGUCGACUCUGCCUCGGGAGAGGCUCCUGUCCACCGUUUACUCGCUGCCCAGUAUCCGCUUAAACCGUCCGGGCCUGGUGAUGAGCGCAUCAUGCCCGAGCGCCGUCCGAUACGGUGAGCGUUUCCGAGUCAAGUACACCCUGGUGAACAACCUGCGCCACUUCCCAUCCGUUCGGCUGCGCUGGGAUUCCGCGGGCGGGUCCGAAGCGGUGGUCUGCCAGUCCCCCUUCAAUAACCUGGGACGAUGCCAGAAGGGUUCCAGCGUUAUUUUCACCGUUGUCUUCCAGAUCCUUGCAACGGGACUUUUUGAGCUAAGCCAGCACAUGAAAAUGAAGCUCCAGUUUGCAGCGUCACCUGAGGAACGCCGCUUGUCAAACGUCAGGGCGAUGGAGAACCUCCUUCUUCCGGACAAGAUUGCGAAAAGACAAUGCAAAGUGUUUGUACUUGAGCAAAACAGCAGGUAAAACAUACAAAACUGCACUACCAUAUGCAGUAGUGAAUGUGUAUUAACAAAGAAAUACAUUAACAAAAAUACAAGAAUCAAGAGUUCAAAAAAAAAGUUCAUUCAAAGCAGUUAGCUACGUUUCAUUCAAUCAGAAAUGACUAAAUCCCCUAAGCGUUUUUGACGUCAAUCAGAAAAGGGGAAAACACGUUCAAAAGCAAAAAAAAAAAAAACUUUAAAAACUAAUAAGCAUCACCAGAGGUGGGUAGUCAAAAAAAAUCAACUCAAGUAAGAGUAGCGUUACUUCAAGGUAAUAUUACUCAAAAGUAGAAAUAGUCAUUCAAAUAUUUACUCAAGUACAAAUAAAGAUUCGUUUUCGUGGAAAAUAAUACUCAAGUAAUGAGUAACAUUGUGAAUAACUGCUUACACUGUCUGAUCAGUUUGUUUUUGUUUUGUUUUUUUACAAUGGUAUAGUUUUUUUUCUCACUGUCCAUAGCAAGGGUGUCAAUUGUAGGGCCACAUGCUAGAAGGGGCCUGCCAGGGGGUCCAUUUCGGCCCGUGGGGAUAUUCUGCACGUUGUAGCUCCUUCAUACUGUACACUAGUAACAAUAUUUUAUAUAAUAUUAUAUAUACAGUACUGGGCAAAUGUUUUAGGCAGGACACCUGCCUAAAACUUUUGCACAGUACUGUAUAUAUAUAUAUUUUUUAAUUAUUAAAUUUAUUAGGAUCAUGGAAGCUUCCACUUGGGGAAAAUAUAUACAAACAGUAUAUCCUGUAUAUACAUAAUAUAAAAAAAAAUAUACAGUACUGUGCAAAAGUUAUAUAUAUAUGUAUAUAUAUAUUUUUUUUAUAUAAAUUCUUUAGACGAUGACUGGAGAUAAAAAUGGUGGACGGGAUUCUAGCGUUGUAAAGUCGAAAUCACAUAAGUCAAGUACAUUACCCAGGGACGGUGCUUAAUUUGUAAAUCCUUAGGUGCCGGCAGGGAUGAUGAGACGGCACAGGUCCCGGAACAUACGCAGAAAAUGGUGCUGAAAACAAGACGCAAAUGGGACUUGUGGGACUUACAAGCCCCCAAUUUCAGAUAAUAUCCAUGGUAUAAAUGUUCUGACAACUAUUACAACAUUAAAAAAAAUUAUACAUUACAAUAAAUAACUCAAACCUAUUCUUCUGCGAGUUUUUUUUUUAUGUCACGGACGAGAUUUGUUGGUCCAGCUUUUCAGUGCAUCAACAAAUCUCCGACUCUUUCAAAUGACGUUAAAUUUUUAUAAACAACAUGCAAUUCUUGGUACUUUUCGGUAAAUGAAUUUAUACAUAUUUUAUACAUUUUUUUUAAAAACGUUUUUAUUAGGGCUGUCAAAAUUAUCACAUUAACAGGCGGUAAUUAAUUUUUUAAAUUAAUCACGUUAAAAUAUUUGACGCAAUUAACGCACAUGCCCCGCUCAGACAGAUUUAAAUGACAGUACAGUCAAAUGCCCACUUGUUAAUUGUGUUUUGUGGAGUAUUGCUGCCCUCUGCUUGCGCUUGGGUGGGACUGAUUUUAUAGGCUUCAGCACCCAUGAGCAUUGUGCAAGUAAUUAUUGACAUCAACAAUGGCAGGCUACUAGUUUAUUUUUUGAUUGAAAAUGUUACAAAUUUUAUUAAAACGAAAACAUUAAGAGGGGUUUUAAUAUAAAGUUUCUAUAACUUGUACUAACAUUUAUCUUUUAAGAACAACAAGUCUUUCUAUCCAUGGAUCGCUUUAACAGAAUGUUAAUAAUGUUAAUGCCGUCUUGUUGAUAAAUUGUUAUAAUAAACAAAUACAGUCCUUAAGUACCGCAUGUUGAAUAUAUAUAUCCAUCUUGUCUUAUCUUUCCAUUCCAACAAUAAUUUACAGAAAAAUAUGGCAUAUUUUAUAGAUGGUUUGAAUUGCGAUUAAUUGCAAUUAAUUACGAUUAAUUAUUUUCUAUACAUGAGAGGUGCCGGAUCUGCCCAAAUAAGUCCCGGAACGCAGGGAGGCCAAAAUCCAUAGGUGCCGUAUCUUGUUCCGGCAGGAUCCAGCACAAAUUAAACCCUGCCCAGGGACUACCUAUAUUAAUGAAUAAGAAUAAUGUUUAUGUCAUGUUUGUCUUCCUACAAAAAACCAUAUUCAUUCAUUUAAUUUUCCGAGCAGCUUAUCCUCACGAGGGUCACGGGGGAGCUGGAGCCAAUCCCAGCUAACUAUGGGCAGUAGGCGGGGUACACCUUGAACUGGUUGCUAGCCAAACGCAGGGCAAAAGGAGACAAACAACACACUCAUACUAAUGUAGAGUGUUCGAUCAGCCUAUCGUGCAUAAUUUAUCGAUACGCCUAAACCAAAAAUAUAUUUCCCUCCCACAUCUUUUUCCAUUUUCAAACAUUUUUGAAAAAAGCUCCAGGGAGCCACUAUGGCAGCACUAAAAGGCCGCAUGCAGCCCUAGAGCCGCAGCUUGCUAACCACUGGUAUACGACAAAAACAAAGUCAGUAUCUAGAAUAAAAAGGAAAAAUGUAACGACUCUCAUGUAGCCCAAAGUACCGGACUAAGAGUAGUGUUUCUUCUUCACAUACUGUAUUUACUCAAGUAGAAAAUAUUGCGUGGUAAAACUACUCUAAGAAGUACAUUUUUCUCAAAAAGUGACUCAAGUAAAUGUAACGUGUUACUACCCACCUCUGAGCAUCACAUGCAUGGAAUACUUAUGUCAAUUCGGCUGCCUUACUUUACAUAAAAAGUAUAUAUCUACCUUGAAAUGGAGUUGUCAUUGUAGCUUCAAUACUUAGCUUGACAGGAUUCAGCCGGUUUUUCCGAUGGAUAUUCAAUGCCGUCUGUUAAAAACAAUGCCUUACUGAACAAAUUAAAGGCUGAAAAUUAACCUGCUACUUUUAAAAUUAGACUAAAUUAGUUAGCAGAAGCGCACGUAGCGAAAUGUACCGGUCCGGUAAAACCUUUGCUAGCUGCUGCUAGCAUGUACAACAGGUGGUUCUGAUGAGGGACUCUUUUCUGUGUGGUGGAAUUUUAAGGCGGUACAAGAAAUGAGGAUAAAUUAAUUUAAAUUUUGCUUUUUGUUUUUGUUUGUGAAAUAGAAUUUGUUAGCCUUGCUUAAGUCUCAACACUGGUUUUAUUUCUAUUAUUAUUUAUAUGGGGAAAUAAUUUAAAGUAUUUAUAUUUUUAGUUUGCACUUAUGACUUAUUAUGUUUAGACAUUGACAAACAUUUCAUACAAAACUAGUUUUAUCUUUAUUUUUUUUGCGUAUUUUCAUGUGGACCAUGUCAGUGUACAGAUUUACAGUAUUUUUCUCGUUUUCUUUUUGUCGAGUCAUUUCAUUUUCUGACGAGGUUUGGGUGAAUUACAACUAUUAUAUGAUAAAUGCUAAUUUUUUCAUAUAUUGACCUAGUGUUUAGUUGUUUUUUUUUGCUUGGUACAUCGUUUUCAAAUGCAUAUUUUGUCUAUUGUAAAUUUUAAGAAUCCAUAUGUCACACAAUGUACUGUGUCCUAAAAUGGGCUUUUAGCAAAUUGCUAAA